AGGGAGCGGCGCCCCGUCCCGUGCUCUGCAUCUGGGCCCGCCGCUGCCGGACCAUGGGAUGUCGGCAAAGCUCAGAGGAGAAAGAGGCGGCGCGGCGGUCCCGGAGGAUCGACCGCCAUCUGCGCUCGGAGAGCCAGCGGCAGCGCCGCGAGAUCAAACUGCUCCUGCUGGGCACCAGCAACUCGGGCAAGAGCACCAUCGUGAAGCAGAUGAAGAUCAUCCACAGCGGCGGCUUCAACCUGGAGGCCUGCAAGGAGUACAAGCCCCUGAUCAUCUACAACGCCAUCGACUCGCUGACCCGCAUCAUCCGCGCCCUGGCCGCCCUCAAGAUCGACUUCCACAACCCGGACCGCGCCUACGACGCCGUCCAGCUGUUCGCGCUCACCGGCCCUGCCGAGAGCAAGGGCGAGAUCACCCCCGAGCUGCUGGGCGUCAUGCGGCGGCUGUGGGCCGACCCCGGGGCGCAGGCCUGCUUCGGCCGCUCCAGCGAGUACCACCUGGAGGACAACGCCGCCUACUACCUGAACGACCUGGAGCGCAUCGCCGCGCCCGACUACAUCCCCACCGUCGAGGACAUUCUGCGCUCCCGGGACAUGACCACGGGCAUCGUGGAGAACAAGUUCACCUUCAAGGAGCUGACCUUCAAGAUGGUGGACGUGGGCGGGCAGAGGUCGGAGCGCAAGAAAUGGAUCCACUGUUUCGAGGGCGUCACGGCCAUCAUCUUCUGUGUGGAGCUUAGUGGCUACGACCUGAAGCUCUACGAGGACAACCAGACGAGUCGAAUGGCAGAGAGCCUGCGCCUCUUUGACUCCAUCUGUAACAACAACUGGUUCAUCAACACUUCGCUCAUCCUCUUCCUGAACAAGAAGGACCUGCUGGCGGAGAAGAUCCGCCGCAUUCCGCUCACCAUCUGCUUCCCUGAGUACAAGGGCCAGAACACGUACGAGGAGGCCGCUGUCUACAUCCAGCGGCAGUUCGAGGACCUGAACCGCAACAAGGAGACCAAGGAGAUCUACUCCCACUUCACCUGUGCCACAGACACCAGUAACAUCCAGUUCGUUUUUGACGCGGUGACAGACGUCAUCAUACAGAACAAUCUCAAGUACAUAGGCCUUUGCUGAGGAGCCGGGCUGGCCGGCUGGCCUGUGGCGAAACCCCCGGGGUGUCACACCCCCCCUCGCGCUAGGGAGACCCAGCCCAGGGGCAGAAGACGGGGGCCUGAGGAAUGGCCCCCCGUUCCCGCAAACAUAAAUAUAUAUGGAUAGAUUGCUAGGUAGGUAGACACACACACGCGCACACACACGGUCUGGAGAUGGCAGUUCCCCGGAGCGCUGGAGCCUCUAGAAGACUUCGGCCGCUGUCACCAGGUUCACUACAGGCCCUUCCUGCCCCGUCACCUUGCCUUCCCGAGUCGGCCCUGCUCUGCAUGGGGGUCCCCGUGGGACUCAGAGGAGAGGCGGCUGGGUCAUCCGGAGGAAGCCGGCUGCGCCCAAGCGUCGGACUGGGGACCUUGCUGCUGACCCGGAGGGAGGACCGGAGCAGGGUCCAUGCGCCUUCCCCGCUGGCCCGCCCUGUACCACGGCUGUUCUGGAACCCGGGUGCAAGGCCAGACGACAGCACUAACCAGACCUCUAGCCACUCACAGCUCUUUUUAAACAGCUUCAAAAUAUGCAGCAAAAAUCCACACAAUAACACGAGUGGCACCAUUUGUCUCAAACUAGGCCAGCUGGGUUCCAGCUUUUCUUCUACUAGUCUGAUGUUUUAUAAAUCAAAACCUGGUUUUUUCUUCUCCGACAUCCUUUUUUUUGGCCAAAUCUCGUGGUGUUUCGCAGAAAUACGGAAAAUUUCAAAUGCAGUUGAGUAUUCUUUUUUAAAAUGCAGAUUUUCAAAACCUAUGUUUUUUUUUCAGGUGGUCCUUUUUUGUGUCUGGCUUGCUGAGUGUAAAAGUUGUUAUCUGAAUGAGUCUGUCCCUCUGCUCCCGAGCGACACUGGGGCGGACGGCCGCCCUACGGCAGCGUCGCGGGGCCGCGUUGUACAUAAGCUCGUGCAGCGUCCUCUUGUUACGGUGCGGUUUCUGCUUCGUUUUUAUUUCAGAAAAAUAAAUGUGAUGUAUUUAAAGAAGGUUCUUCACCUAGGAGCGAAUGAACAAUAGCUAAAUGUCUUGGUAUCUAAAGAGUAAAUUAUCCAUGGCUUUGCAAGUGGAGGAAAGGGGGAGCGAGAAAUGGGGCCCCGGCCCCCGCACGCCCUACACCUGAGACGGGCUGAGAGCUACGACAAUUCCUGUGAAGGCUCAGCCCGCGCAGCCUGAGGGAGGCCCUGCUGGGACCUCGCACUCUGGCCCUUCCUGUCCCAGGGCCUGUGGCACCCGCCACCACCGAAGGACCUUGGCCCAGGGCCGCAUGUAAAUAUGAACCCCCGCCGUCAAGAGGGAAGGCACCGCCAGAGCCCUUGCCAAAUCUCCUUUGCCCUCAGCCUCUGUUCGGUACCUGUAUGUCCAAGGUCAGUGCGUGGAAUCACAGCCAAGGACUUUAAGAGAUGUACGGAGGGAAAGAGGAGCUGGUGAUUGUAUGAAAGUUAAAGAUUGUCUACUUUAAGAAAAUAAAAUAUCCUGAAUGAGCUAA